UUUUAUCACGACCUUCUGUAUGCUAUUUUACGGAUUGAGAUUACUUCGUACUACUGCGUUGACUGGAUUUAACAGUCUUGCCUCAGAGAGGAAUGUUUAGUUUACGAUUAUUCGUUCAUCAUGAAGGAACAGUGGAGCGCUAUUACCAGUGAGAAUAAUAAAGAACUCUCACUUCUGGAAGAAGGAUUAUAUCUGGAGAAACAUAAAUACAUAAACAGCGUCAAGCAUAAACCCAACUGUUGCACUCGUUGCAUGCCAUAUCUUAGAGUGAUAUUUUUAUUAGAAAUAACGUUAUUCUUUGGAUGGGGUUGUUACAUGAUCUUCCAAACUUAUCGUUCUCAAGUAACGGAAAAUGAAACUAUGAGCAUCGCUCUUGAUUCAUCAAUGAUUGAAUCAUUGUCCGAAAUACAGAAGUCACCUCCAAGUACAGAAAUGCCUGCGAUAUUUGUGAAGCCUAAGGUCAUUAUAGAUAAGAUAAAUAAUCUUUUAGAAGAUAUAAAAUUUACGAAAGAACAAGAUUUAAUGCAAAACGAGGCAUUUGUACCAAAUGUAGCCGGUAUGAUACAAACAAAUACGCAAAAAUCUACUAGCACGCAAAAUAAUAACUUUGGAAUAAAUGCAGAUUUUGGUAGGCUUUUGGCGAUACUAUCAUCGGGAAAUUUAGAGCAUGGAAAAGUUAUGGAGAAUUCGCUGUCAGAAAAUUUUAUUCCAGAUGAAUAUGUUGAUGAAAACGUUAGUACUGAUAACAAUGAAAAUUCUGUCCGUUACGAAAAGUUUGAAAAUAUGAAUAAUUUUAUUGAAAACAGUGAUUUGGCAACAAAAAGUCGAGAAAAUCACGCGUUAAAUAUGCCCAACAGUUUAAAAUUUAAUGUCGCAAUAAUUUCAGAUCCUGACAAUUUCGUAGAUCGUGUAAUUAAUGUAGAUCUGACAAAUACCUUGCAAAAUUUUAAACAGAAAUUUUCUGAUUUAAUCAAGAACGUGGCACAAAACAAUGAUGAGAACAGUUUUUUACUUGAAAAGACCGAUAAACGAGCAAAUGCACGUUUAGAAGAUUUUGUCGUAUGUCCACCUUAUGAGUCUGAUGAAUCUCCUGAUGUGUUAAUAAAAGACUUGGCUAAAAGACUUUCCGCUUUUCAGCCUGAAUUAGCGCAAGUAAAUUCAGAACAAAUAGAAAAUAGAUCAAACGACGAUAUUGAUAAUGAUAAACAAGAUGUAAGUACCAACAAUAUGGCGAUGUCAGAAUCCGUGUCCAAAAAUCAAGAUUAUUUUGAUGAAUCAAUGGUUACCCUGCAAAAUACGGAAGAACAAUAUUUGUUAGAGAGGAUUGCAAAAAUAAAAGAAGAUGAGGAAUAUGAAUCAACGGAAAAUAUUAAGAAUCCCUUUUUUAUUAAAUCAUCAGACUCGUUUUUGCAACCAAGAAUGCAAGACAGUGCAGAAUCUGUGACGUCAAAUGCUGAAUUUCAAUGGUUUAAUAUACCUCCUCGCUUUGCAGAUUUGAAAGAAUGGAAAGAUAUGUCAAGUUUAAAACCACAAGAUGUAUCAAGUGAGAUACACGGUUUAUCUUGGGGCACGUAUGAGAAGAUGGAUAUUGACGACGUUAUUCCAGAAAGUCAAUGCGAGAUAACAAUUGAAAUGGGUGUUGUCAAGAUAAAAUGUCCCGCUAUUGAGUUUGAUAAAAAACGGAAUUUUACUUCUUCCGAAAUAUUUCCAAUUGAUAUGUCAAAAUAUAGUAAUUUAAAAGAUCUUCUUGAUAAUUAUUUAUUAGCUCUCAGGUGUGACAAAGAUGCAAGUGAGCAAUUGGACGUUAACAAUGCGUUUAAUAAAAAUUCUGAUAAAGAAAUUACAACGUCACGAGACAGCGUACCUAAAAUAAUUAAUGCGAUUGAACUACAAGAAAGCACUACAAGUUCGAAAAUGUCGAAUGACGCGUUACUGGAUUCAGAUGCAUCAUUUAUAAAUCCUUUCAAUAACGAGGAAAUCAAUCAUGAUUAUGCAUUUUACGAUUCUUUAUUUUAUGAUUCAAACGAAAAAGAAGAAACACAAUCCACAACAUUAUUUUCUUCUACUUCUGAACUCGAUUCCAGUACUAUCGAUUCAAAUAAAGAAUCAAAUUUAUUUUUUGAUAAUUCCAAUAUCCAACAACAAGAAAAAUCAAAAAACAACAAAGAGAAAGAUUAUGCAGUUUCUGACAAUAUUGAAACUUCUUUAAAAGAUUUUGAUUUGGAAAAAAAACCUAUUUCUCAACUUAAAAAUGAAAUAUCAAACAUCUUGCAAUAUCUAAAAAAUAUUAAUGAUAAUAAUUACCAGCAUGUCGAUUGCAAUAUAUUACGUAACAUACGUAAUGUUAUAUCCCAACGUCCAUGGCUUGACCAAUGGGUUAUUUAUCGAUUCUUGGAACAUAUACGAAAUCCACUAUCCAGUAUGGAUGAUCAUCACUAAAAGAAACGAAGGAAUGAUCUGACACGGCAAUAAGGCCAGGUAUCAAAUAUGUUAGAAGAAGAUGAUAAUAACGUGGGCUCAUUAGAAAAUUUAAGAAAAAUUAUAUUUUAAACAAAUGGAAACUUGCUCUCUGUAUUGACAUAGUUCAUGAACGAUCUUUUACACAAUAAGCUUGUUGACUCAUCUUGAAGAAUAAACUUAUGUUGACAUUGAAAAAUGCUGCAAAUUGUAUAUAUCUAGAAAAUCUACUUUUGAAAAAAGUAAGAGAAAAACACACAUAAUUUUGUUUCUCUCUCUGUCUCUUUUUUCUUGUUUUUUGUUAAAAUAAUGAAUACUUUAUAUAAAUGUUAAAUAUUAAAUAAAGAAUUUGUUACAAUACUAUAAGCAAUAAAUAAUUUGUUAAAAUGCUGUAAAAUUUAUUUAUACUCGAUAGUCACAUUAUAGGAACUCUCUUAUUAUUGAUAUUAUAAGAACUUUUAUUAUAAUUAAUAAAAACAUACAAAUAUAGUGUUCGUAUUUUAAUUGUUUCUGUCGCAAUGCGCGUUAGUGUACUUUAAUAUGUAAUGUGCUCACGAAAUUUGUUCGUAAAAUCUGUAAGUAUUUGACAAAAACAUGCUAUGGAA